AUGCGUCCGAUAGUGCAUCGUUACGCUCUGCACGGCCCGGCGGUCAUGUUUGGCACGAGGAAGACGUGGGACCUCGGCCACACCCCUUGCCUGCAGGAGCUUUGGAAUACGGAUAUUUCAUUGGACGCAAGCUCAGUGGAUUUGCUAAUCAGCGAUGGUGAGGAGGAAAGCUCCUUCCUGACACUGCCCAACUCUGUCCGCCAAAGUCGCCGCUUGACCUUUGACCUGACUGAGCCUGCCCUUUCUGACCCUCAGCUGCUAAUACAGGCGCUGCAAGAAAAAGUGUCUGAGAUCCAAGCUUGUUUAUAUACUGAAGACUCCAGCAGACCACUUCUACCUCACAUAUACACACAAGAGGCCAAUCGAGACCACCAGAACCAAACAAGAACAAACCAAGAGCAUCGAGACACUAACCAAGAGCCACUGGAGCAGCAGAGCCAGCUCAGCCAAGCUGGCUGUAAUGCAGAUGUAAGGAGAUUGAGUUCAGGAUCCCAGUUGGCACAGGAACCUUCUGUUACUGUUUCAGAGAGGAAAGCUCAUCCUUUGCCUCAUCUACAGACAUACCAGCUUGCUUUUAUCUCUGGGCUGCACACACAGAUUGAGGAGCUGGAGAAGAAACUGGUUGACCGGACGCAGGAGGUGGAGAGACUGCGCUCAGAACUGGGGGCGACAGACCUGGAAAAGCAGCUGGAGCUCCUGGAGAGCGAGAACCAGCGACUUAAACAGGAGCUAAAGGCCACCAGCUACAGCCAUGAGUCUCUAUCACACACCUGCCCCUCCAACUGCCCUCGCAGUCAGGAGGCGUCGGCCUUGCAGGGGGCGCUCUCUCGGUGUGAGGAGCAAUGUAGAGCGUGUGAACGGCACAUCACUGAGCUAAAGCAGCAGCUUUUGGAGAGGGUACGGACAGCAGAGCAGCUGCAGGAACAGCUGGGGGUGGCACUACGAAGCAAAGCCCAGUCAGAGGAGCAGCUCAGACAUGCAGAGGAGACACUAAGACAGCACACUGCAGCGCCCCCACAGGCGACGUAUGUAAGCAAGGCUGUGGAGGCCGAGUCCUCUCAGUUGAAGCAGGCUCUGGUGGAGGCUCAGGUACGUAACCAGGCUCUUGAAGAGCAACUAGUGGUCCAGAGGCAGCUUCUUCAAACGCUCGAGCAGCAGCUGCAUGACAGCCAGAGAACCAACAAUGAUCUUCGCAAGCAGCUCCUGGUGCGCGAGGCUGAGAUGGAGCAAACUCGAGGUCAGCUGGAGGCUGAGAUCCAGAAUCUUGAGGUGGAGAAAAACCGGGUGAUAGAGGAGGCAUUUAUCAGAGCCGAGAGUGAGAUGAAGGCUGUACAUGAGAACCUGGCAGGAGUCAGGAUGAAUCUGUUAACAUUGCAGCCAGCUCUAAGGACUCUCACCUGUGAUUAUAACUGCCUCAAGAGACAGGUUCAGGACUUCCCGUUCAUGCUGGAGAAGGCUAUUUCUGAUGCUAAGCAAGAGAUAUGCCAUAUGAUUGAAAAGGUAAGCAGUGUCAACCAGGAGCUGCUGCGCAAAUAUAAGAGGGAAAUGAACCUGAGGAAGAAGUGCCACAACGAACUGGUGCGACUCAAAGGAAACAUUCGUGUGUUCUGUCGAGUGCGUCCCAUCUUUCAGGAUGAAGCAGAGACCAAUAAAACUGUGGUCACCUUUGACCCUGAAGAUGACGCCAUGCUUUAUCUCUCCAGCAAGGGCAAGCUCAUGAAUUUUGAAAUGGACAAGGUCUUUCCACCUCAGGCUACACAGGACCAGGUGUUUCAGGAGGUGCAGUCUCUGAUUACAUCCUGUAUAGAUGGCUAUAACGUGUGCAUCUUCGCUUAUGGACAGACAGGAUCAGGAAAGACCUACACCAUGGAGGGUGUUCCUGAGAACCCUGGUAUUAACCAGCGAGCUCUACGCCUGCUUUUCUCAGAGGUGUCUGAGAAGAAACAUGACUGGAACUACACCAUCACUGUCAGCAUGGUGGAGAUCUACAACGAGACGUUGCGGAAUCUGUUGGGAGCUGACCACAAUGAAAAGCUGGACAUUAAGAUGUGUCCUGAUGGCAGUGGUCAGCUGUAUGUACCCGGUCUUACUGAGUUUGCAGUGGAAAGUGUAGAGGACAUUAACAAGGUGUUUGAGCUGGGUCACAUGAACCGGGCGACAGCUUGCACAAACCUGAAUGAACACAGCUCUCGCUCUCAUGCUCUUCUCAUCAUCACUGUGGCUGGUGUCAACACCUCUACUGGACAGCGCACUAGAGGUAAACUGAAUCUGGUGGAUCUGGCUGGUUCAGAGAGAAUCUCUAAAUCAGGAGCUGAAGGAAGCCGGCUGCGCGAGGCUCAGUGUAUCAACAAGUCUCUGUCAGCGCUGGGCGACGUCAUUAACGCACUGCGUUCACGGCACUCGCACGUUCCUUUCAGAAACUCUCGCCUCACGUACCUGCUCCAGGACUCGCUCAACGGAGACAGCAAGACUCUCAUGCUGGUGCAGGUCUCUCCUCUGGACAGUAACCUAAUAGAGUCAGUCUGUUCCCUGAAGUUUGCCCAGCGUGUUCGUACAGUCGAGCUUGGUAUGUCCUCUAACUCAAGAAGACUUGCCGAAAACUCCUCAGCAUCCUCAUCACCAACCCACGACAGUGUUGAGCUGGACUCUCCACCUGUGACUCCUGUGUCGUUAGCCACCUCUAGGGCGAACAGUAUGGGCUCCUCACUGUCCUCCUCACUUUCCUCACUGUCAACAUCUAGAUCAUCCAGCACACGCAGAAGGUCCCAAAGCCAACAGGCUCCAGACAGACAGGUAGACAGAAGCAGCCCAUUGGUCGUGGACAGUGGGCAGGACGAUCAAAACUAAACACAUGAUGCUCCGAUGAAGUGAGUGUGCUACAACAUUGUCCUUGUGCACAUUCCACCCACCGUUUUUAAUACACAGGGCUGAGAUGAACCAAACCGGCAAAUCCGGGUGACAUACACCCUCUGUAAGAUACUCAACUGCCCUGUUAAUGACUGAAUUCUUUGAUGCUGCUUCUGAGAAGUGAAGUUCUUAAUGUCACAGUGUUUAUGGACCCUCAUGCACUUUAGCGCAGACUGAUCUGACCACUUACGGUGUUCAUAAUGGUGUUGACUUUAAUUGUGUAUUUUCUGUGUUUUGAGAGAGAGAGAGAGAUCCUGCUGUCAGUUUUUUCGUUCAUGGUGCACCGUCCUUUGUAUUUAAAGCCGAAGAACAAAGGCACACUUUCAAAACAGCAUUCUGUGUAGCAGUGGUAAUAAGCAAUAACACAGGCUUACUCUGGCCUCUCUGGUAGGUUUAGUUGUGUAUAUUUGGCAUCCGUAACGCAGAGUGGUAUAGGCUUUAUGAAUUAAGCAUGCAUUAUUACAAUCAGAUCAGUAGUGGACUAGCUCUCGUUCAAUAGGACUAUGCUGUGUCUGUACCCACAGUCAGAACUGAAAUGCAUAGCUGAGACUGAACUGUUCUUGCUGUCUGUGGGUUUCUGCUUGCUUCUGUUCGUGUUAGUAUGGCUUUGUAUGCAUAUUUGUUUUGUACACUUUUUAAUAAAUGCCUUAAACAUAA